GUAGCUUGAGUCACAUGAAUGGUUUGUUUUGGUCGUGACAGAAUCUGUACAUUAACACAUAGCUAGCAGACACUACUGCAACAACGUUAUAUUCUGGUUAAAAUAUCAGAUGAACAAAACAUAGAUCUUAAAAUCUUCUCUCAAGGGCGAGAAAAAAGGACAUACAUCAGGCGGAAGCGUCUCUGGUUUCUGUUUACGCUAAUGAGUGCCAACCUUAACCGUCAAAAACGAUGCUUCGGUGGAUUCUUGGUGGUCGAGAAGCUCAGGGUUCAUUGGAGAAAAAUUCCGUGUUGUGCAUCGGAGAGGAACAGCCCAAAAACUGGUUCACUGAGCUGCAGGUGCUGAAAGGACAUUUUGACAUAGUUCGAUUUCUGGUGCAGAUUGAUGACUUCAGGAGAUCCUCACCUACAGAAAACAUACAGAGCAUGACAAGAGCCCAAUCAUCACCACUCUGUGAUUGUGUGUGCAGUACAGUAUACACAAAGCCCUUUAAUGCUGUCCGUACACACAUGCACGCACACAUCUCUCCUCCGCUGCUUUGUGAGAGCAUGCUGCACACCUCAUGGUAGAGUGGGUCUGCAUAAGUGCUCAGAUUGGGAUUUAUAACAGAACUAAGUACGUGUGUGUGGGUCUGGUUGUGUGU